AUGGUUCAUAGCCACUGCCAGUCAUUCGGGAGCUUGGGUAAAGCUCCAUCACUGUCUUCCAUCACACACAACUCUAAUCCUAAAAGCUUUGAAGAUGGCAUUUUCUUGCCCAGCAGUUGUCACAGCAGAACCUGGCUCCUGGACAACUUUCAAGAAACCCACAGUGAAACUUCAGCCUGCCUACCCACCAAUUGUGGACAGCACCAGUGCAAAAUGGACCCUCGUGUGCAAAGUCCCUGGAAAUCCAGAGCUGACCAAACAAUUUGUUCUAAUUCCAAGACCUGUGAAAGAACAAUAGAAAUGUUUCCAGCUGUGCCAGAGUGUGCUUCUCAAAACUGCCAGUCAAGAAAUUGUAAGCAAGUGGGUUUUGUAGCCCAGAGCUACCAACCUGCAAGUUACAUGACCAAGUAUCGCCCACUAAAGUCUACAGCAUCUGAAAGUUGCCAAAUUCUGGAAUUUGAAUCCAGCCUAUGCUGCCCUCAGAUCCCUGAAUCCAGUUCCUGUCAUUCCUCAAGCACUGCUGUGUCUGGGCCACAUCUUGUGGAAUCUUCUAGCACUUAUGAACCAACAUGUUGUGUGACUGGUGGUUCACAAUUGCCUAGUAAGUGA